AUGCGGGCUGCUGCCUGCCUCCUCUCCCUGGCGCUCUGCGCCCUGCCCGCUGCCCCAGGCGCCGGGCCGGCAGCGGGGCGGCGGGGCGAGAGCCGCUUCGCGGAGCGAGAGAGCAUCAGGCCCCUGCGGCUGGUCUCCGGCGGCGGCGAGGGCGGCGGCGGGGCGCGGCGGCCGGCGCUGAGCACGCGGGUGCGGAGCGGCGCGGCGCGGACGCAGUCUACGCACAUUGCUCGAGCCAGCUUCCAGGUGGAUGCUUUUGGAUCAUCUUUCAUCCUAGAUGUGACGCUAAACCAUGACCUGCUGUCUUCUGAAUAUCUUGAGAGGCAUAUCGAGCAAGGUGGGAAGACAGUGGAAGUUAAAGGAGGAGAACAUUGCUAUUAUCAGGGACAAAUUCGAGGAAAUCCUGUAUCAUUUGUGGCCUUGUCAACAUGCCAUGGAUUACAUGGGAUGUUCUAUGAUGGAAAUCAUACUUACCUUAUUGAGCCAGAUGAAAACUACACUGCAGAUGAUGACUUCCAUUUCCACUCCGUUUACAAAUCCAAGUUGUUCGAGUUUCCUUUGGAUGACCUGCCAUCUGAGUUCUGGCAAAUGAAUACUACAUCACAGAAGUUUGUUGUACAGCCAAGAUACAAAAGAAGUAAAAGGCAGGUUCGUCAGAUUCCACGUAAAGUUGAAGAGGAAACAAAAUACAUUGAGUUAAUGAUUGUAAAUGAUCAUCUAAUGUGUAAAAAGCACCGCUUGUCAGUCGGCCAUACAAACAGCUAUGCUAAAUCGGUUGUGAACAUGGCAGAUUUAAUAUAUAAAGAACAACUUAACACCAGGAUAGUAUUGGUUGCCAUGGAAACCUGGGCUACUGAUAACAAGUUCACCAUAUCUGAAAACCCCUUGGUGACCCUACGUGAGUUUAUGAAAUAUAGGAGAGAUUUUAUCAGAGAGAAAAGUGAUGCAGUUCACCUUUUUUCGGGGAGUCGAUUUCAGAGCAGUCGGAGUGGUGUAGCUCACACUGGUGGAAUCUGCUCCUUGCUUAAAGGCGGAGGUGUGAAUGAGUUUGGAAAGCCAGACUUAAUGGCGGUUACUCUGGCACAGACCUUGGCCCAAAACAUUGGCAUUUUCUCGGACAGAAGAAAACUUAUAAGUGGUGAGUGUAAGUGUGAGGACACGUGGUCUGGAUGCAUAAUGGGAGACACGGGGUAUUAUCUUCCAAGCAAGUUCUCCAAAUGUGAUAUUGAAGAGUAUCAUGAAUUUUUAAACAAUGGAGGUGGAGCCUGCCUUUUCAAUAAACCAACCAAACUUCUGGAUCCUCCGGAAUGUGGUAAUGGCUUUGUGGAAGAUGGAGAAGAGUGUGACUGUGGGACGAUAGCAGAGUGUGCCAGUGAAGGAGGAGAGUGCUGCAAUACUUGCACCCUGACGGCAGGUUCCCAGUGCAGCAACGGGCUUUGCUGUCGGAAGUGCCGGUUUGAACCUAAAGGAGUUUUGUGCCGAGAAGCAGUGAAUGAUUGUGAUAUUGCAGAGAACUGCACAGGAAAUUCCAGUCAGUGUUCUCCCAAUAUUCAUAAAAUGGAUGGAUAUUCAUGUGAUAACAAGCAGGGUAUUUGCUUUGGAGGACGAUGUAAAACCAGGGACCGGCAGUGUAAAUAUAUCUGGGGUGAAAAAGUGACAGCUGCUGACAGGUACUGCUAUGAGAAGCUGAAUAUUGAAGGGACUGAGAAAGGAAACUGUGGAAGAGACAAGGACUCUUGGAUACAGUGCAAUAAACAGGAUGUGCUUUGUGGAUACCUUCUGUGCUCCAAUAUAUCCAGUGUGCCCAGACUUGGAGAACUUGAUGGUGAAAUCACAUCGUCAGUCUUGCAGUUUGGAAGAGUCUACAAUUGCAGUGGUGGCCAUGUGAAGCUUGAUGAGGAGACGGACCUGGGCUAUGUGGAGAAUGGGACGCCAUGCGGGCCGAACAUGGUGUGCCUUGAGCAUCGCUGCCUCCCCACCGAGGCCUUCAACUUCAGUACCUGCCCAGGCACCACAGACAGCCAAAUUUGUUCAGGACACGGUGUUUGUAGCAAUGAAAUAAAGUGUGUCUGUGACCGAUUCUGGGGAGGAGAUGACUGCAGUUCUCGCAUCAAAGAUGAUAUAUUUUUUGAUAAAGAUGCCAUCAAUAAAGGUGUUGUUAGCACAAAUAUAAUAAUAGGGGCUAUUGCUGGCACCAUUUUAGUGUUGGCUCUCGUUUUAGGAAUAACUGGUUGGGGUUACAAAAACUACAGAAGACAGAGACAAAUACCCCAGGGAGAUUAUGUAAAAAAGCCUGGAGAGGCCGACUCUUUUUAUAGCGACAUGCCUCCUGGAGUCAGCACAAAUUCUGCAUCUAGUUCUAAGAAGAGGUCUGCUUUUCUGUCGCAUUUUCAGAUUUCUACCUGUUCCAUCACCCAUUAUUCCAUUAGUCAGAACAUUUCAUUGUUUUGCAGCAGGUCAAAUGGAUUAUCUCAUUCCUGGAGUGAAAGGAUCCCAGACACAAAGCAUAUUUCAGACAUUUGUGAAAAUGGGAGGCCUAGGAGUAAUUCUUGGCAAGGUAAUAUAGGAGGAAACAGAAAGAAAGUCAGAGGCAAAAGAUUUAGGCCACGAUCUAAUUCAACUGACAGGGUAACCCAUGCAUCUGAGCCUGGGCUUUCUCUCGCCCACCAAAUCCUGGCCCAAGGCAUAAGCCCCGGGGGUUCUGACCACCCCCAAACAGGGAGUCGGGAUCACAGGUAUUUAAACCCAUGGUUCAAAAGAGAAUAUAAUGUAGCUAAGUGGGUAGAAGAUGUGAAUAAAAACACUGAAGGACCAUACUUUAGGACACUGUCUCCUGCAAAGUCUCCAUCUUCGUCCACUGGAUCUAUUGCUUCCAGCAGAAAAUACCCUUACCCGAUGCCACCACUUCCUGAUGAGGAGAAAAAAGCCAACAGGCAAAGUGCCAGGCUUUGGGAGACAUCCAUUUAG